UUUUGAAAUGUCUCGUCUACUUGUCACUGUGUGUGUGCUCGUCUGUGUGUUGGUCGGGGUGCACGGGAAGCUCAGGUUUAAGAACCACUUAAAGCAGAGCUUGACCAGGGCGGCCAAGUACAUGAAAUCAGGACUGGCCGAAAGGUGAGAUUUAGGACAAAAAUAUUUUUUUUAUUUCGUAACUGCCAGCAAGGUUUCACGGUAAUCGCAAGCAGUUCCAGUGUAGAGAAGUUCGGUUGAUUGAAUUAAAGAAUUUUACCAGCCAUCAGCUUAGUUUAGGUGUGGCUCUCAAUAUUUUGUUCCAGUCACCGCCCCCCCCCCCGAGCAUAAAACACCUCCUUAGCACCCCAACAACCCCCGUUACACAACUUUGGCGAAUAAUUGUUGGUCUGACCCGCAAUAGAAGUGUUUUCUUGACAUACAUGAAACGUAUAGAUUGAUAGAUUCUGUAAUCAUGAACCAUUUCCUAGAAUAUUUCAUUGAAAUGAAAAUGAAACAUUUUGCAUUGAUCAAUCAAGUACAAGUAGGAACAAUAUUGAUCAAAAGCAUGGGAUACUUCAAGUCUCAUUAAACAUCCACUAAAAACAUUUUUUUUCGCAUAAAUCCUUUAUAAAAAGUAAUAGUGAGCCAUUGGAAGGGGAAAAAAAAAGGGGAAGGGGGUGGGUUAGGCUGCUGAAAAUUUGACAAAACAUUUAUACAAGUAACGCACCUUAGAAGAAUUCCAAUUAGCCCCACCCCCUCACCUCCCCCCCACCCCCCGCUUUAAGACUCGCAAAAAAAAUGUCCCGCCCCUGAACUAUAUUAACAUCCUACUGUCCUAUCCGACAUUCUACUGUCCUAUCCGGCAUUCUACUGUCCUAUCCGACAUUCUACUGUCCUAUCCGACAAUCUACUGUCCUAUCCGACAUUCUACUGUCCUAUCCGACAAUUUACUGUCCUAUCCGACAUUCUACUGUCCUAUCCGACAUUCUACUGUCCUAUCCGACAUUCUACUGUCCUAUCCGACAUUCUACUGUCCUAUCCGACAUUCUACUGUCCUAUCCGACAAUCUACUGUCCUAUCCGACAUUCUACUGUCCUAUCCGUUUUUACACAACAGAUUGAUUUCAGCAACGAUUUCAGAAGAAAAAAAAGAAGAAAAUAUGGCGCACCAAUGGCACGUGCAAUAGUUGUCUCUUUAUAAAGAAUCUCAUUUAGCGCAGUUAUCGGGAGUUUCAUUUCGUGAAAUCAGCGUCACCACAAGUGUCGACUGCCCGGGGCCCUCCGGUGGUCUUAAUCCGCCCACGGUGAAUGGCGUUGUCUUACCGGAGCCAGGAAGGUGCAAUGGUUUCAUCUCCCGCCCCCUGACACUGGAAGGGUUUUGGGUUUGGGUUUCACUUAGAUGUCUGCUAGAUAAGCCACGCCGUGUUUGAUGUCUAUGAGAUCAUGACCAGGAGAAGCACGUGUGUCUUCAAAUGUCUCAUCUGUCUUGUCAAAUAAUUCGUUCAAGAAAGACACUUCGCUACGGAGCAGCGAAAAUCUGUUCUUCAUCACCCAAUUUUUUUGGGCUCAAUCUUAUUUGAUCCAGUUUUAUUUGGCCUAGUCUUAUUUGACCCAGUCUUAUUUCACCUAGUCUUAUCAGUCUUAUUUGACCUAGUCUUAUCAGUCUUAUUUGACCUAGUCUUAUUAGUCUUAUUUGACCCAGUCUUAUUUGACCUAGUCUUAUUAGCCUUAAUUGACCCAGUCUUAUUUGACCCAGUCUUAUAUUAUUUGACCCAGUCUUAUCUUACCAAGUCUUAUUAGUCUUAUUUGACCCAGUCUUAUUUGACCCAGUCUUAUUAGUCUUAUUUGACCCAGUCUUAUCUUACCCACACUUAUUUAUAUUAUUUGACCCACUCUUAUUAGUCUUAUUUUACUUAGUCUUAUUUGACCCAGUCCUAUCAGUCUUAUUUGACCCAGUCUUAUUAGUCUUAUUUGACCCUGUCUUAUUAGUCUUAUUUGACCCAGUCUUAUCUGACCCACACUUAUUAAUAUUAUUUGACCCAGUCUUAUUAGUCUUAUUUUACUUAGUCUUAUUUGACCCAGUCCUAUCAGUCUUAUUUGACCCAGUCUUAUUAGUCUUAUUUGACCUAGUCUUAUUUGAACCAGUCUUAAAGAAUUCGGACUUUCAACAUUAAGCCAUGUUUCUUUCAAAUAUAUUGCUGAUUGAAUUCCCCAGCGCCACCUAAAAAUCUCUUAAAUGCCCCAUUCCCCCCCACCCCCAGGCUGUCCAAACAUCAACUGGGUUGUGGCACCGUACACUUUGAGAGCAACUGCUCUGGGUUUAAAAAAAAAUAAAAUGUCAACUGUUGUAUUAGGAGCGAGUUUAGUUUGUUGUCAUCUUUUAACAUCUAACAAAGCAGAAGAUUUGUUCUCAAUGAACUCAAAGGUCGACAGCCCCCCCCCCCACAUUUCCGGUGAGAAUGCAUCAAUGGGUUUGUCGGAUAGCGGUUUAACUGUAUUUGUCCUUUUUUCUCUUUUUUUUUUUUUAAACGGUCACCAGAAAUUUGAUCGAAAGAAAUUUCGUCGACGGAAAAUUGAUCGACGGAUUUUUUAAAAAUUUUUGUGUUUUCAAUUCACACUUAAAAUUUCUGUCCCAUGUCUGUUUGAACACACCACACACACACACACCACACACACCACACACACUACACACACCACACACACACACCACACACACCACACACCGUACUACGUUGUCAAACAUAAUAAGCCGUUCUAAAAAUUUUGAGGCAAAACUUUCAAGUGUGAACUGAAAAAAAAAAAAAAAAAAAAAAUUCGACCAAAUUUCCGUCGCUCAAUUUUUCGUCGACCUAAUUUCUUUCGAUCGAAUUUCCAGAAACGUGUUUUUUUUUUACCACUUGACCAUUCGACUCACUUUGACAGUUCCUAUAGUUGGUUCAAUCUCUUCAUUUCUCCCAUUACGGGUUGACUGCCGCUUGGUGGUGGAAGGCGUGUCCUGUCCUCUCUAGUAAACCCAACUUUCAAAACCAAUUCCUGUGUCCGCUUCACAGACAGGCGGUCGGAUGCACAGCCGACCAGUUUGCAUGUCCGGAGAAAUGUGUCCCGCAAACGUACGUCUGCGACACCGAAAAUGACUGCUCGGGAGGAUACGAUGAAAGCCAGAAUUGCCCGGCCAAUUGUACAGGACCGAAUCAGUUUCAAUGUCCAGUAAGUCAGAUGUUACACAGUAAGUCAGAUGUUACAAUGUUAAUUGUCCGACCAAUUGUAUCGGACCACACCAGUUUCAAUGUCCGGUAAGUCAGAUGUUACAAUGUUAAUUGUCCGACCAAUUUUACCGGACCACACCAGUUUCAAUGUCCAGUAAGUCAGAUGUUACAAUGUUAAUUGUCCGACCAAUUGUACCGGACCACACCAGUUUCAAUGUCCGGUAAGUCAGAUGUUACAAUGUUAAUUGUCCGACCAAUUGUACCGGACCACACCAGUUUCAAUGUCCGGUAAGUCAGAUGUUACAAUGUUAAUUGUCCGACCAAUUGUACCGGACCACACCAGUUUCAAUGUCCGGUAAGUCAGAUGUUACAAUGUUAAUUGUCCGACCAAUUGUACCGGACCACACCAGUUUCAAUGUCCGGUAAGUCAGAUGUUACAAUGUUAAUUGUCCGACCAAUUGUACCGGACCACACCAGUUUCAAUGUCCGGUAAGUCAGAUGUUACAAUGUUAAUUGUCCGACCAAUUGUACCGGACCACACCAGUUUCAAUGUCCGGUAAGUCAGAUGUUAAAAUUUUAAUUGUCCGACUAAUUGUACCGGACCACACCAGUUUCAAUGUCCGUUAAGUCAGAUGUUACAAUGUUAAUUGUCCGACCAAUUGUACCGGACCACACCAGUUUCAAUGUCCGGUAAGUCAGAUGUUAAAAUGUUAAUUGUCCGACUAAUUGUACCGGACCACACCAGUUUCAAUGUCCGGUAAGUCAUAUGUUACAAUGUUAAUUGUCCGACUAAUUGUACCGGACCACACCAGUUUCAAUGUCCGGUAAGUCAGAUGUGUUUAAACGCAUUGAUGUUUUCUUUCCAAUAACAGAAAUGUAACAAUGUAAACUGAUCCCACGCGCUUAUCUACUUGAUCCCCUCCAUCACAUCACCUGAUCCCAUGCGCCAAUCCACCUGAUCCCAUGCGCCAACCCACCUGAUCCCAUGCGCCAACCAAAUGAUCCCACCCAGCGAUCCACUUGAUCCCAUGCGCCAACCCACCUAAUCCCCUCCAUCAACCCACUUGAUCCCAUUCGCAUACAUACCUGAUCCCACACGCCGACCCACCUUAUCCCACUCGCGGAUCCACCUGAUCCCAUUCGUCGACCGAUCUGAUCAAAUUCCCCGACCCAACUGAUCCCAUGCGUCGAUCCAACUGAUCCUUUGCACUAACCCACCUGCUCCCAGGUCCCGACCCAUCAGGAUGUUGUCCCAGACGUAAUUCGCCCACAUCGUAUCGCUUGGGGUCCCCGAUUCUUCCUAGCCGACAUUGCCACCUACCAAGUGUGAGGCUAGACCAUGAUGGUAUUUUUGUAAGAAGGACCAGUCAGUCAAUGUCAUCAUCGUCAUGUGUAUCCCCUUUCCUUACAACUAAAGGCCACCAUCUCCCUUCUCCGUACAACUAAAGGUCACCACUUCCCUUUUCCGUACAACUAAAUGCCACCAUCUCCCUUCUCCGUACAACUAAAGGUCACCACUUCCCUUCUCCGUACAACUAAAUGCCACCAUCUCCCUUCUCCGUACAACUAAAGGUCACCACUUCCCUUCUCCGUACAACUAAAGGCCACCAUCUCCCUUCUCCGUACAACUAAAGGUCACCACUUCCCUUUUCCGUACAACUAAAGGCCACCCUCUCCCAUCUCCGUACAACUAAGGGCCACAUCUCCCUUCUUCGUACAACUAAAGGCCCCCAUCUCCCUUCUCCGCACAACUAAAGGCCACCAUCUCCCUUCUCCGUACAACUAAAGGCCAUCAUCUCCCUUCUCCAUAUAACUAAAGGCCACCAUCUCCCCUCUCCGUACAACCAAAGGCCACUAUCUCCCUUCUCCGUACAACUUAAGGCCACCAUCUCUUUUCUCCAUACAACUAAAGGCACCAAUCUCCCAUUUCCAUACAACUAAAGGCCACCAUCUCCCUACUCCAUACAACUAAAGGCCACCAUCUCCCUACUCUCUACAACUAAACGCCACCAUCUCCCUACUCCAUACAACUAAAGGCCACCAUCUCCCUACUCUCUACAACUAAAGGCCACCAUCUCCCUACUCCCUACAACUAAAGGCCACCAUCUCCCUACUCCCUACAACUAAAGGCCACUAUCUCUUGUAUUGCUACUCCAGGGAGGACGAUGCAUCCCCGUGUUCUACCGAUGUGACGGC